AACUUCUGACGCAAUGACGUUGGCACCGGCUGACGCAGGACAACAGCAAGAUGGCGUCCGGGCAACAGUGGGUGUUAGUGGAGAUGGUGCAAGCCUUUUACGAGGCACCUGCUUACCAUUUAAUUUUGGAAGGGAUCCUCAUUUUGUGGAUAAUCAGGCUGUUGUUUUCUAAAACCUACAAACUGCAGGAUAGCUCGGAUUUAACAGAAAAGGAAAUAGAAGAAAUUAUUGAAGAAUGGCAACCUGAGCCUCUCGUACCACGAAUGUCUAAGGAGAAGCCUGCUCCUAGUUAUAAUAUUGUUUCAGGCCCACCAUGUCAUAAGAUUACAGUGAAUGGCAAGCAGUGCAUUAACUUUGCUUCUUUUAACUUCCUGGGGCUCCUUGACAAUGAUAGAGUAAAGAACCAGGCUUUACAAUCUUUACGGAAGUAUGGUGUAGGCACUUGUGGACCCCGUGGUUUCUAUGGUACAUUUGAUGUUCACUUGGAGUUAGAAGAUCGUCUAGCUAAGUUUAUGAGAACUGAAGAAGCCAUUAUAUAUUCAUAUGGCUUUGCAACAAUUGCCAGUGCUAUACCAGCAUACUCAAAGAGGGGAGAUAUUGUAUUUGUGGAUGAAGCCGCAUGCUUUUCAAUUCAGAAAGGCUUGCAAGCAUCACGCAGUCACAUUAAGUAUUUCAAACAUAACGAUAUGGAAGAUUUGGAGCGUAUUUUAAAGCAGCAAGAACUUGAAGAUCAAAAGAAUCCUCGCAAAGCUCGUGUAACUCGGCGAUUCAUAGUUGUUGAAGGACUUUACAUGAAUACUGGAGCUAUUUGUCCUUUGCCAGAACUGGUAAAGUUAAAAUAUAAAUACAAGGUUCGCAUUUUCCUUGAAGAAAGCCUGUCGUUUGGAGUUUUAGGACAACAUGGACGAGGAGUUACAGAACAUUUUGGAGUGAAUAUUGAUGAUAUUGAUCUCAUUAGUGCGAAUAUGGAAAACUCUCUUGCCUCAGUUGGUGGAUUUUGCUGUGGAAGAUCUUUUGUUAUUGAUCAUCAGCGUCUUUCAGGUCAAGGAUAUUGUUUCUCAGCAUCCUUGCCGCCAAUGCUUGCAUCAGCAGCAAUAGAAGCUCUUAAUAUUAUGGAGGAAGAUCAAGACAUUUUCAGACUGCUGCGAGACAAAUGUAAACAUAUUCACAAAGAACUGCAAGGUAUUUUAGGCUUAAAAGUUGUUGGCGAAUCAAUCUCUCCAGCAUUUCACCUUCAGUUGGAGCAGAGCAGUGGUUCCAGGGAGUCUGAUGUCAGAAUCUUGAAUAGAAUUGUAGAAUAUUGCAUGGAUCGAAAAAUUGCAUUAACACAAGCCCAUUAUUUGGAAAAAGAAGAAAAAUUUCUUCCACCACCAAGCAUUCGUGUUGUAGUUACGGUGGAGCAGACUGAAGAGGAACUGGAAAUGGCAGCUAAUCUCAUCAAAGAAGCUGCCCAGAAUAUUCUUCAGUGAAGCAUGUGACCUGUAGAAUGAAGAUCCAUUUUCACAGUUGUUACAUUGUCACAGAAAUGGUAGACAGAUAACACGUUAAGCACGUAGGACUGUCUGCUGAAAAGAAAUACACUGUGUUAACCAAUUUAAGUGGCUUAUUCUUCAGUUGGGUCUAAAACUGAAUCCAUAUAAGCUGCUGUACAACACUGUAAUUCAAGCAACAAUGUACAAAUUUAUUUAAUACAAAUCCUUGACACAUUUUCUUAGAAAUGUCAUAAUAUAAGUAUGUAAUUUGUUUCAUUGCAAUAGCCAGGAUGGACAUGGUUUUCAUAGGUAAACUGACACAUAUCAUUGACUUUCAUUCAUUUUUUUGUUUUGUUUUUUUGACUGUUAAUAGUUAAACAAAAUUUAUGUUGCCAUAUGAAGUUUAUGUAUGACAGAUGGCACACUUGCUAAUGUGUUUGUAUUAAAGGCCCUUUUUUCUAUUUUUCUAAAACACUUGUUGCUCUGUAGCAUACAUGCAUCUGCUUUUAUAAAGGAGAUGUCCUCUGGCUAAAAUGUCCCUCCCAUGUGUUUAACUGUACAAACUGGUUUACGUUAUUCCUUUGAAUCGUACUGGUAAGUUAAUUCUAUUUAAGUAUAUUAUCUGUAACUGAACUCUGCUGGAUUUUACAUAUUUGUGUCAGUUUAGCUUUUUGUCACAUUUUAUUGUGGGGAGGGGGAUUAUUUUUUAUUUGUAGGGUGCAGAUCAGCAGGGCAAUGAAUCCAUGAAUCCAUCUUCUAGCAAUGUCUACAUACAUACAUGGACAUUUUUUUUCUUUCAGUCUGUAAUUAAAAUCACAUUUUGUACUUUUACUUAAUUUCUCCUCAUAUGUCUACAUCUAAAUGUAAUAAAAGGGGCCUGGCUACUGCUGAAGUACAAUCAAUUUCAAAUGUUUAAUGCACAAGCAAAAUUCAGUAUUGCUCAUUUAAAAUAGGAUAAAGAAAAUCUAGUUCAUGACAGCAUUUAAGCACAAACCUUCAUUACAUGAAAGCAAGAUGUUCAUAUUAAUAAAGACGUACUGUGGGUAAUUAGCUAUAAAUCUGCACAUUAUAUUGAAAUGGGUGGGCUUCUCGGUUUUAAGAGAUUGUUUUAUAUUUAUGCA